CAAAAUCCCAUUUUCCAUUUCUCUCUCUACUUUCUCUCUCUUCACACUGAGCAGUAAGCGAGCGAGUAUGAGAAAAAUGGCUGCCACUAUGAUGCUCUACAUUACUACUACUAUUCUUCUCUGUUUUCUCACUGCCGUCAAUGCCAGAAUCCCCGGCGUUUAUACCGGCGGACCAUGGCAAAGCGCCCACGCCACCUUCUACGGUGGCUCUGACGCAUCUGGAACUAUGGGUGGAGCUUGUGGAUAUGGCAAUCUAUACAGCCAAGGUUACGGAGUGAAUAAUGCAGCGCUAAGCACAGUGCUAUUCAACAAUGGACUAAGCUGCGGAGCCUGCUUUGAAUUAAAGUGUGAUAACGAUGGCAAAUGGUGUCUUCCUGGUAAUCCAUCCAUUUUUGUAACGGCGACAAAUUUUUGCCCGCCGAACUUCGCUUUACCAAACGAUGACGGCGGGUGGUGCAACCCUCCUCGUCCUCAUUUCGAUCUCGCCAUGCCUAUGUUCCUCAAAAUCGGACUGUACCGUGCCGGAAUUGUCCCCGUCACUUACCGCCGAGUACCAUGCAGAAAACAAGGAGGGAUUCGAUUCACAAUAAACGGUUUCCGUUACUUCAAUUUGUUAUUGGUAACAAACGUUGCGGGUGCAGGGGACAUACAGAAGGUCUUAAUUAAAGGAACAAACACACAAUGGAUAGCAAUGAGUCGUAAUUGGGGGCAAAAUUGGCAAACUAAUUCACCUCUAGUGGGUCAAGCCCUUUCUAUUCGGGUUAAAGCUAGUGAUCAUCGUAGUGUCACUAAUGUCAACGUGGCACCAUCUAAUUGGCAGUUUGGACAAACUUUUGAAGGCAAGAAUUUCCGGGUUUAGAUCCAUAAACCCAUUCCCACUGACCCGACCC